AUGGGCCGACAUUUAAAUUUUCCAGAUGAUAUACUGGAUGUGAUAUUUGGAAUUAUUCGUGAAGAAUCUGAUUUUUAUAGCCUUUUACAAUGCGAGCUUGUGUGUAAAGCAUGGAUGAUACCAGCUCAGCGGUCUCUCUACACUGAUAUUGAGUUCCGUAGCGAGAAAGAGGUCGAUACUUUAAUUCGCGCCCUUACAAAAAGACCAAACUCGAUUCCUGGGAAAUUCACUCGGUCCGUAGUAUACAACAAUGAACAUAACACAAACGAAAACCCAAAAGACACCCGCACUUGUCGUAAAAUAUUUGAGUAUCUGUUCGGGAAGAAAGAAGGUGGAGUAAAAAAGACACCGUGGAUAGAUUCAUUUGUCGAAAUUUUUCCCCAUGUCCGCAAUAUCUCAUUGGCAAAAGAGGACUCGUCCUAUUUUUGGAUCUUGAUUAAAGCGUUUGGAUCAGGAAAAUGGAAAGGGAUGGAAUGCAUUGGAAAAUGCCCAGAAGAGUUUGCCGAUAGCCAUAAUGCGUGUGCCAUGUUGAAUAAAGAUACGCUCAAAACACUUCAUCUUUGCGAUGACAAAGAAAACGAAACCUGUAGUUUGUAUGAUCAUCUUCAUCUCUUUCCUAGACUGAAGAAACUUUAUAUGACAACAAAUCAAUACAGUUUCUUUGAAUAUGCAGACUAUGCUACUGAAAUAAUACCGGGUCUUGAUACGUUGUGUUACGAAAACUUGAAGGAUACUGACUUUAAUUCUCUGACUCCUUACAAGCCUGUUAAUUUAUCAUUGAUUACACCACGUCCGAAUAUUAAAAAUCUUGUUAUACAACUCACCUCCUAUGAAAAUGACAACUUUUUAUUGUAUCUAAUGACAAAAUUUCCAAAACUUCAACGCGUGACCAUCAAUCAAAAGAAUAACGCACAAAUCCAUGGUGCUAGAUUGGACGAAAUUCAGCUAGUGUGCGACAAUUUUUCUGUACCGGUUCUAUCUAAAUUUAUGGCCUUUGUUUCGAAAUGUGAAGAUCAUUUAAUGGAUUUGCUUUACACGACACAAGAUCCUGGUGACAUCUUGCCCAAUUAUUGGAGCCUAUGUAACCCCGAGAAUCCAAAAGUGGUAACAAUAACGUAUUUUGAAGGCCGCGCAAGAAGACGAUUCAAUAUGAUUGAGCAUAAUGAAGACAUGGUCCGGAUACGUAUGGAUGUACCUUCGUUACUUGGAUCGAGUGUCACGUUGGUAGAUUAUCCUUGGCUUGAACCUACUCUUCCACAUCUUAUGGUGCUAGAGAAAUGUGGGGAACAGAUUGAUCAUCUUGUACUGUCCGUAAACCAUAAACACAUUCCACUUUAUCUUUAUGAAGAAGGAGUUGAUGUCCCCAAUGAAAAUUCGAUCAAUCUUAUGGAUGGGUUUUGUUUCGGUCAUGUGAUCGAAUAUUGCACCAAACUUAAAGUAUUACAUUACUAUCGAUCAAAGUUGUUCUCUUUAUUCAAGUAUAGCAGAUAUGUGUUUCGCAAUACCACCAUUACUGAUUUGAUUCUUGAAGAUGUGCUCAUUUCUAUGGAUACGAUGUCACAAAUAUCAGAACGACUCCCUUCUCUCAAAAGACUUCGGUUGAGGCAUGUAAGUUGUGACUCCAAAAUCUUGGAUACCCCGCUCUCGUUAGAUAGUGUGAUUGACAUGCCAUGGACGUCUUUUCGCUAUUUGAACCUAAGAAACUAUAUGAUUGAUGGUGUAUCCUACUUCCGAUUACCGACAAACAUGUUGGUUCACUUGACAACCGAAAAUGAAGAAAUGUUUUUUAGAUGCAAGAUACGUAAUCCGACUCGAACACGAUGGGAAGAUAUUGUCAUUGAUACAGAUGAUAUAGAGCACAUACCCGAGUUUCUAAAUCCACCGCGUGCUAUUCCAAUAGAAGAGGAGGAAUACAUGUCUAGACUGCGUCAGAAAAACAAUGCAAGUGUUCAUGUCAUUUGCAAAUCAUUGAAUUAUUUAGUCUUAGCUUUUGAUCUGAUCAGUCCAACUCUAUCGUGUUUUGUUUUGGUUCCUGAUAAAGAAACGGAUGUAUCUACCAUGAGUGACCAUGAAAUUUGUGCACAUUACAUGAGUCGUGAUAAUUAA